AUGUCUAAGCUCCUCGACAAGCUCAACGGCGUCUCGUCCUCUCCCGCUGCCACCACUGACAGCGAAGUCGGUCGCAUCGAGAAUGCCCGUGAGGCCAAGCGGCAAAUCGGCGUCACCACAGCCAUCUUCCUGGUUGUAAACCGCGUUAUCGGCACCGGUAUCUUCGCCACCCCCGGAACCAUCUUCGCCCUCUCUGGCAGUGUCGGUCUCUCCCUCUUCAUCUGGGUCGCCGGUAUGAUUAUUGCUCUCGCCGGAACCGCCGUCUACCUCGAAUGGGGAACCGCCAUCCCCAAGAACGGUGGCGAGAAGAACUACCUCGAAUACGUCUUCCGCAAGCCCAAGUUCCUGACCACCGGUCUCUACACCGGCUACGUCGUCCUGCUCGGCUGGGCCAGUGGUAACUCUGUCGUCUUCGGCGAGUACAUCCUGCACGCCGCCAAUGUCGAGGUCGACCGCUGGAACCAGCGUGCCAUCGGCCUGGCUUGCAUCACGUCCGCCUUUUUGAUUCACGGUCUUGCCCUCAACUGGGGUCUUCGUCUGCAGAACCUCCUUGGAUCCAUCAAGCUGAUCAUCAUCCUCAUCAUCAUCCUCUGCGGCUUCAUCGCCCUUGGAGGCCACGUCAAGCUGCCCGAGGACCAGAAGCCCAAAAACUUCACCAACGCCUUUGAGGGCACCACCGGCAGCCCCUACGGUGUCGUCACCGCCCUGUACAACGUCAUCUGGAGCUACAUCGGUUACAGCAACGCCAACUACGCCCUCUCCGAGACCAAGAACCCCGUUCGCACGCUCAAGAUUGCCGCCCCAGCCGCCAUCGUCACCAUUUCCAUCCUCUACAUGCUCGUCAACGUCGCCUACUUCGCCGCCGUCCCCAGGGAGGAGAUCCUCGAGGGCGGUCGCCUUGUUGCUGCCUCCCUCUUUCGCAACGUUAUGGGCGGCACCGCCGAGCGCGCCCUCUCCGUCUUCGUUGCCCUUUCCGCUUUCGGCAACGUUCUGAGUGUCAUCUUCUCCCAGGGCCGUCUCGUUCAGGAGCUCGGCCGUGAGGGUAUCUUGCCUUGGUCCCGCUUCUUCGCCAGCAACAAGCCAUUCAACGCCCCCUUGGCUGGUCUUUUCGAGCACUGGCUGAUCUGUGUCAUCACUAUGCUUGCUCCUCCUCCCGGUGACGCAUACAACUUCAUUCUCAACCUCAUCAGCUACCCCCUCGCCAUCAUCAACGUCUUCGUUGCUGCCGGCCUGGCUCAUCUCUACCUCAACCGCAGCAAGUGGAACUGGAACCCUCCCAUCAGCGCCUCUCUGCCCGUCGUCAUCUUCUUCAUGCUCAGCAACAUCUACCUCGUCAUCGCUCCCUUCGUGCCCCCCGAGGAAGGCCAGAACGUCUACGAGAACCUCCCUUACUAUCUCCACUGCGUUGUCGGUAUCGCCAUCAUCGUUGCCGGGGGUCUCUACUGGGUUGUCUGGGCCAAGAUCCUCCCCAAGAUCGGCAAGUACGAGCUGGUCCGCGAGACCGUGGUCGACGAGAUCGACGGCUGGGAACGCAACGUAUUCUUCCGCAGGCCAUAUGGCGAGUCUGUUGCUUCGGAACAUCGCCCUGGUUCUCCCGAAGUGUCCAAGUAA